AUGGCUUCGGAAAAGAGACCAGCGAGGAUGGCUAACAUCUUCAUGCGCUCCCCGUUCCAUACCCCAUUUCCAGCCAACCCUGAUCCCAACUCUACCGACCAUCAAAGCGACAGCUCUACCGACCAUCAAAGCGAUAACUCUACCGAUCAUCAAAGCGACAACUCUGAGGACGAUGACCUUGAGAUUGUUAAUUAUGAGGACGCCGAGCCUGAGAGCGCCAGCCCGGAGCAAGCCCGCCCUAAGGAUGCCGACCCUGAGAAGGCCGAAAAAACAAAGAUCGGCCCUGAGAAGCGAAAGCAGAAGGCCAACCCUGAGAAUACCAGCCCUGACAAGACCAGCACCCAGGAAGACAGUCCUGAGAAGAUCCGCCCCGAGAACGCCGAACAUGGCAAUGCUGACCAUGACAACGCGAGCCACGAGGAUGUCAAACCUCAGAACGCCGACCCCGAGAAGGCCAAGAAAAAGAAGACCAACUCUGAGAAGGGCAAGCAAAAGGCCAACCCAGGGCCCAAGUUAUCCGAGCUCGACCGAGAGGGGCUAACUGCUAGGCGCGCCCUAUUGGCCGAGAGGAUCAAAGCCAUUGAGAAGGUCAGAGGCAGCAAGGCGGCCAGCCGCGGCCACAUAGACCAGGAGGAGCAAGAUGAGUGGAAUCGCUGGGACAAAUUGACGCUUAUGCUAGGCAAGGUUGAUAUGUUGCUUGGGGACACAGCCGGGCAAGAAAGGGCGCUGUUCCGCAUUCUCGGCAACCGUGGCACGUUGCGUUUGAGAGAGCAUACACUCUACCGCCUGGCGGCCCUGUAUAGAAGCAAAGGGGAGGGUGAAAAGGCGCAUUUCUUCUGCCUACAGGCGGACGGCAGCGGCCAUGAUGCUAGAAACUACACUUGGAACCUUGCACACAGGGUGGGCGAGUACCGCUCCAAGAUUGAAGAUGCGUGGUGCGAGGGAGACAUGUCCGAGUUCAGGGGCAACAUUAUUAUGGCAAGGGCGUUAAUUCAGAAUCUGGUUGGGACGCUGUUGGAGCAGGACAUUCAAGAAAAACUGGAAGAUCUGGUUCACUUUGUGGCAGCCACCAGGGAGAAGCCGCAAUGCCUGCCCACGUCUGGUGGUGCGUGA